AUGGAUCCAGAGACCGGGAAUCGCCGGAACAACGCCAAGAGGGAGUCGUGGAGGACUGUGCUGACACUUGCGUACCAGAGCCUGGGAGUGGUGUACGGGGACCUGAGCAUCUCGCCGCUGUACGUCUACAAGAGCACAUUCGCGGAGGACAUUCGCCACUCCGACACAAACGAGGAGAUCUACGGCGUGCUCUCGUUUGUGUUCUGGACCCUCACUCUGGUUCCCCUGCUCAAGUACGUGUUCAUCGUGCUCAGGGCGGAUGACAAUGGCGAGGGGGGCACUUUCGCGCUCUACUCCCUGCUGUGCCGACACGCCCGGGUCAACUCGCUCCCCAACUGCCAGGUGGCCGACGAAGAGCUCUCCGAGUACAAGAAGGAGGGCGCGAGCCUGUCGCCCAAGACUAGCUUCGGGACGAGGCUCAAGUCUGGCAUAGAGAGGCACAGGUUCCUGCAGAAAUUGUUGCUGAUCCUGGCUUUGAUCGGGACUUGCAUGGUGAUUGGCGACGGUGUGCUCACGCCGGCGAUUUCAGUUUUUUCUGCGGUGUCCGGCCUAGAAUUCUCAAUGUCUAGACAGCAUCACAAAUAUGUAGAAGUUCCAGUUGCAUGCAUCAUACUGAUUGGCCUGUUUGCUCUUCAACAUUAUGGCACCCACAGGGUCGGAUUCUUAUUCGCACCUGUGGUUACAACGUGGCUGUUAUGCAUCAGUUCUAUUGGCUUAUACAACAUUAUUCACUGGAAUCCUCAUGUGUACCGAGCACUAUCUCCUUAUUACAUGUUCAAGUUUUUGAAGAAAACUCAAAGAGGAGGAUGGAUGUCCUUGGGUGGGAUUUUAUUGUGUAUAACAGGUUCAGAGGCCAUGUUUGCUGAUCUCGGACACUUCUCGCAACUUUCAAUCAAGAUUGCUUUCACCUUUAUGGUAUAUCCAUCGCUUAUUCUUGCAUAUAUGGGCCAGGCAGCCUAUCUUUCCAUGCAUCAUGAAGUGGAGAACGAUUAUCGAAUUGGAUUUUAUGUAUCUGUACCAGAGAAAUUAAGAUGGCCCGUAUUGGCAAUAGCCAUACUUGCUGCAGUUGUGGGAAGCCAAGCGAUCAUUACUGGGACAUUUUCAAUCAUUAAGCAGUGCUCUGCGCUUGAUUGCUUUCCAAGAGUGAAAAUAGUUCACACGUCAUCCAAAUUCCACGGCCAGAUUUACAUCCCGGAGAUAAACUGGAUCUUGAUGCUCUUGUGCUUGGCAGUCACAAUUGGUUUUAGAGACACAAAGCGAAUGGGAAAUGCAGCAGGUUUGGCUGUUAUAACAGUCAUGCUGGUAACGACCUGCUUGAUGUCCCUUGUGAUUGUCCUCUGCUGGCACCGUAAUGUCCUCUUUGCAGUUGCCUUCGUGCUCUUGUUCGGGACAGUCGAGGCCCUCUACUUCUUGGCAUCCCUAAUCAAGUUCCUCGAGGGAGCUUGGGUGCCGGUUGCCCUCUCCUUCAUCUUCCUCCUUGUAAUGUACGUUUGGCACUUUGGCACCCUUAAGAAGUAUGAGUAUGAUAUCCAAAACAAGGUCUCCAUCAACUGGCUACUCAGCCUAAGUCCAAGCUUAGGCAUUGUUCGGGUCCGUGGAAUCGGGCUUAUCCACACAGACCUCGUGACGGGGAUCCCUGCAAUUUUCUCCCACUUUGUGACCAACCUCCCCGCAUUUCACCAGGUCCUUGUCUUCCUCUGUGUGAAGUCUGUCCCAGUCCCUCACGUGGGACCUGAGGAACGGUUCCUUGUGGGACGGAUUGGGCCCAGGGAAUGCAGGAUCUACCGAUGCAUUGUGCGGUAUGGUUACAGGGACUUCCACAGGGACGACGUGGAGUUUGAGAGGGACCUUGUGUGCAGCAUAGCAGAGUUCAUACGCUCUGAGAGCGGGGGGACUGUAAGUGCAAUCAAUAAGGAUUACGGGGAUAUGAAGGUCGUCGGUACUUGUUCGACCAACAUGGAGGGCGUCCACAUUAGCGAGGAAAAUGAUGUUGGAAAGGAAAUAACACAGAUGGAAAUGCCACAGCAGCAGAAGAAGAGGGUGAGGUUUGUCGUCCCGGAGAGCCCGAAGAUGGAUAAAGACUCGAUGGAGGAGCUGAGGGAGCUAAUGGAGGCUCGGGAAGCCGGGAUGGCUUACAUUCUGGGCCACUCCUAUGUGAAAGCGAAACAGGGUUCGGGAUUGAUCAAAAGGGUUGCGAUCAAUGUCGUGUACGAUUUUCUUAGGCGGAACUGCAGGGCUCCCACUUAUGCCUCGAGCGUGCCCCACGCUUCGACUAUCGAAGUCGGCAUGAUAUGCUAUCUGUAAUUUUGCGGUGAUCUAGUUAAAGUAGUUGGAAAGGAGAUGUUUGUCAGGAGUUUACUCAUACGUAAAGUUAGUAUAGCAGAGCGGAGUCAAGGCAGUAUGUUAUUACCACUAGUAGGAGGAGGAUCAAAGGGAAGGUAAAUAGCAAGAGGGAAGGGCCAAACGAAUGUCAAUGUAUAUGUCCAGUAUAUGUAAAAUGGGCUUUGGUGAAUGAAUUCGCUUCUCCUCGGCGGUUCUGUAUCGAACCGAUUUAAGAUCUAGUGAACAAGGAUGGAUCUUACCCCUGUUGCCGAUGA